UGAUUAUAACGUUCAAAUCUUUGGUCGGCAGCUGCCCGGUGCCGGCGGCAUGCGGUGAUCGUGAAUGCGGAAAGAAAUCGUCGAACUGGGAGAAUGGAUAACGCAGUCGGACUGGCGAAAUGGAUUUUCCUGUGUCUUUGUUUGUCUCGAUGCGCGUACGCGCGUCGCAUUCUCGAGGAACCAAGAAUGCACUUUCUGAAUGCCGGUGACAGUGUACAAAAUAAUAAUCCUGGUCUGAAAACGUAUUGUCAUAAUGCUACAUCAAAGUACUUAACGCAUAUGUGGAGGACCAUGACUAUGCACCUGAAUAUCAAUUCCGACUCCUAUGUUUUAUACGACGGCAAAACACCUGAUGAGAUUCACCAAAAGUACGAUGAAAAUGAUAAAUCAUGGAGUCUCAAUCUGUUUGAUACAGGAAAACAUAGACAAUUUAAGAUUAAUCCAUUUGAAAAUACAUGCAUAGGCGUUUAUGUAGAUUCUCCCAGUGAAUCUGGCUAUAUAAUCACUCUGGAAGAAACACGUGUUAAUGUUUGGAGACUGACAAUGAUGGUAAUGGGUAUCGUAGUUUUCUGGUGUGCCAAGAUAUUAAGUCGGAAUUCAGUAUUUUAUUAUGCUUGUGGCAUAAUAUUUGGAGUUACUUUAUCUGUUACAAUUGUAAUAUACAUGGCUGGAAAAUUGAUACCACGGGGAAAAGCUAUGUACGUAAUAUUUGCUGCAUCGAUGAGUCUUUAUAUUGCUAAAACGUUAUGGGAAAACAUGCAAGUAAUUGUAAUGCAAUAUAGAGAAUGGGCGAUGUGGUAUGUUCUUGUUACAUCUCUGAUUAGUUUUGUAAUUUGUUACCGUUUCGGUCCAGUUACCAAUGCAAGAACGAAACAAAUAAUACAAUGGUUUUUGCAGCUCGUAGGAUUGGCGCUGGUUUAUUUUAGCAGUCACUUCCAUGAAGCAGCCUUAUCAUGUUGCGUUGUACUUAUACUUUUUUAUAAUUUUCCGAAAGCAGCACUUGAGCGAGCAAAGAGGUAUUGGCAAAACGUGUUUCCGGAAAAGCGGAAAUUGUUAAAUGAAGAUCAAUAUCACCAAGAAGGAAUACGGCAAACUAGGAGAGCUUUAAAAGAUCUACAGAACUAUUGCUCCAGUCCAGAAUGCAAUCCUUGGAAGACAGUUUUAAAACUGAAAGAUCCGAUAAGAUUUGCGAGAUUUAUGGAAGGAGAGUGCCAUUUAUCGGAAGAUGAAAUCGACGAACACGAAGAAGAAGUUUCAAAAAUUCUAGAUAAAUAUGAAUACACAGAUGAUGAUGAUUCUUUCUGAAUACAAACGCUUAAAUAAAAAUUUAGUAUCAUGAAAUUUAUGUUUACUUAUACUUUCUAAUGACAGUUUAAGUCUUGAUAACAAUAUAUAUUUAUUUUUUGUUUGUGAGAGUUAACAAUUUCAUCUAAUGAAACUGUGAAGUAGGUAUUUAAAAUAAUGAUAGAAAUUGUUUGCUUAUAUCUUUGCUCAAAUAUGUUACUAUAUGACGGAUUCCCUAGAAAUGUGUGUAUAUAUAUAUAUAGAUAUUUAUGAAAUAAUUUUUGUGUGUGAACGACGUAUCGUAUGUAUUAGUAGUGUUCUUCUGGUUAUAUAAGGGAAUGCAUAAAAAGAAAUAAAGUUUUUACAAUUCAA